UUUUUUUUUUUUUUUUUUAAUCUUUCCACUACGCCUACGAAUAUUGCUUCUUGGACUUGCUUUUUUUGCUGAUACAAGAUUUUGUUUUUGCCUUUUUUUUUGUACGCCUACUCACGCAAUGAGCUAUAAAAGACAACCAGUUUUUCUGUUUACAUGAGAAAUUUAUUAUUGUUGUGAGUUUUAAUCAAAUUAAAAAAUGUCGGACGUUUGGAACCAUUUUACAGUUUGCCAAGACGAUGAGAAAUUUGCAAGGUGUAACUACUGCAGAGCUAAAAUAUCCCGAGGUCAUUCAAAAACUACGUCAAACCUAAUGAAACAUUUUCGGAACCAGCAUAAACUACUUGCGGCUGCAGCAACAAAAAAAUUCAAAGUGGAUUCAUCUGAAUUCGAUGAUCCGAGUGUGGUUAGGCCUAGCUACAGUCUGCCUGAUAUUUCAGUCCAAGGCCCAUCACACCAAUGCCAAGCAGCUGAUAUACCAAUUCCCGGACCAUCACACCAAGACCAAACACCUGAAACUGAAAUGUCUGGUUCUGAUUCUCUGUGUGUACAGACAGCUGUAACUAAUGAACUUAUUAGACCUAAAAACUUGACUGUUUUUUCAUCAAAUACAUUUCCAAAAAGUGUUAAAUGUGUACAAAGUACUCUCCCAGCAAUAUUUGAUGCUAGGAUGAAAUUUAAGCCUGGCGACCAUAGAGCAGCUGACAUCACUCGUCUGAUUGGAGAGAUGAUUUGCUUGGACAAUCAGCCUUUGUGUAUUGUUGAAAACAAAGGGUUUCGCCAACUGAUUUCAAAGUUAGAACCUAGGUACACAAUUCCCACUAGGAAAACAUUUUCUCAGAAAAUCAUUCCAGAAAUGUACGAGAAAGUGAGGGAUAAAGUUGUUUCACAGUUGAAAGUGGUUGAGUUCAUUGGUGUAACAACUGACAUGUGGUCUUCUUCAUCGAAUGAUGAUUACAUGAGCUUGACACUUCAUUACAUGGACACAUGUUUCAACCUUCAACAUGUGUGUUUGGAGGUCAUCCCUUUCAGUGAAAUAAGUCACACAGCAGAACAUAUUUGUGAUUUCAUUACAAAAACUCUGGAAGAAUGGGGAUUGAGAGAAAAGGUUUUUGCUAUUGUAUCUGACAAUGCAAGAAAUGUACAAGCUGGUCUUGAAAUGUCACAGUUUCAACACACUUCAUGCUUUGCACAUUCCAUUCAACUUGUCUUGAAAAAUGGGUUUUUCUCUAACAAAGUCAUAACAAAUUUGGCUGCAAUAUGCAGAAGGAUUGUUGUAAAUUUCAAACAUUCUUCGAAAGCCAACAAAAUCCUGCGCAAGUGUCAGGAAACAGUGGGUGUUCCACAUCAUAGGUUAAUUCAAGACGAGCCUACGAGAUGGAAUGCGACACUCCACAUGUUUAAAAGAUUGCAAGAACAAAAGCUUGCAAUUCUUCUGGCAGCAGGAGAGCUGAAACUACCAAAUGAACUGACCGCUGCUCAGUGGAAUUUACUGGACAAUGCCAUUGCAGUUCUACAAGUGUUUGAGUCUGCGACACUGCAAGUGAGCUCAGCCAGUGCACGUGUUUCUGAGGUAAUCCCAUUGCUGCAAAUAGUUGAUUAUGAACUUAGCAAACCAGCUCCUACACCCCUCAACAGGUAG